GCAGAUGCUACAGAAACCUGGAAAGAGAGAGAGCACGAGAGAGAGAGAGGACAGUGCCCCACCUGCUCCGCUUAACAAUGAUUCGCCGGCGCUUACAGCCAGCCAUCAAUCAGCCUCUCCCGCGCUCCGCUUCUGGUGGUUAUUUUUAUCAGCUCUCUCUCCACCCUUUUGGGCGGCAGUUUCCCAGGUCCCUUGGGGUUUUUGUCUCUAACAGUACUGUACGCCGCCCAGCCAUCCCCAAUUCCGCGCAUGAGGAUGGCCUUCUUUGGGGGCUCUCUUCUUUCCGGAACUGGUCUGCCCCGUCCCCGUCCACCGCACCGCACCGUAGCGUUCCCCGCCGACAACGUAACAGGAACAAAAACAGGCUACGAGGCAGACUGCUCGUUCGAGGUUGGGUGUCUAGCCGCCCAGCCGCUGUGUCUGAGAGAAAGAGAGGGGAAGAGAAGGCAAACCUCGUACUCCUGGCCUUCCCCGCAUCCAAUGACCAAGCCUGCCAUGGCCGAUGUGCAUGGCAAUGCCAGCCGGGAAAUAAAGGGCAAGAUCCGUGGUGAUCAUGUCACACUUGCUGCCCUCUGCUGACCACUGGGCUCGUGCUAUUGGCGGUGGUGCGCGGUGCUGCCACCACACAUACAUGCACGGCAGGAUGACUUGCAUAACACAAGCUCUCUCACAC